AUGGACUUCAAGUGUUUCCUAUUCGCAGCCUUCUUUCUCGUGGCCUGUGUUGCCUUUUCUUCACAAGAUGAACUGACAGAUGUAGAAGGUAAAUCAAAAUCAAUUCUUUUUAAAAUAAUGUUUUUGUCUCCGUUUCAUCAUAGCACUUUUAUCGUAUCCACAAUGUUUAGUACAAAAAGGCAACAAAAACUACUGACAACAACAAUCUAUCGCGCAAAGAAAAGCGCGUUCACAAUUUUUUAUUUUAUUUUGAAUCAAUGUAAAGAUUUUUUUCCCAUUCAUACUUUGAUUUUCUCCUUUUUUGUAUUUAUUUUUAAGCACCGGCACUCCAACAAGCAGCGGACAAUGGUAAACGAAUAUAGUUAUUAUCAUCAUUUUUUUUUUCUAUGUCUGCUUUAUACUUAAGCUUUAUCCGAUGAAAGAUUUUAUCCAAAAAAAGUCUUGCCUUUGCCCUGUGUUUUUUUUUUUGUUGUUGUUGUUGUUUUGUUUUUAUGCUACGUUGUUUGGCUUUCGUCAUUUUGCUGCUGCUUUGUAAUGCUAUGAUUACAAUCACAUAUCAACAUGUUCGCAUCAAACCAAUAGAAAUUUAAUCGCUUUAGCUAAUUAGCAUCGAGCCUUUGAGAAUUCGUUUUCAUCUCUAACUAUGUAUAUGUGCAUACCUCAGAGCAAGAUUCCCCUUGACCAAUUUUUUUUAUUUUAUUUCAUUAUUAUUAUUAUUAUUAUUAUUAUUUUUUAUCAUUUGCAUGAACGUAGACGUACGGAGCCCGGAACUCACAGGUAUGUAUAUUUUGACUUGUUCACAUGAAUUUCUUACAUAAUCGAUGAGCAGACCCUAAGCUUAAAACCCUAACCCUAAGUCUAAGAAGAUGCAUGAGGCAAAACAUCAACCUAAUUAAGGAUUUGAUCGACUUUUGAAAGAUCGUUCUGUACAAAAAUUAUAUUGGACAAACACCAAGCUCACACAUUAUCCACUCGCUAGGAGGUUAAUAUUGUUGAUUAGCACGAGAUAGCGAGCCAGUCAGGUUGCGUUAAACACCAAGAUUACCUAGAAUGUGGAAACUGAAAUGAAAUUAUCGCACCAUAAAUGAGUUUGUCUAUCGGGAUAUCCCCUCCCCUUGCUCCUUUGCCCCUCUAGGAAAGUCUGUACGAAUGUAUGGACGACGAAAAAAACAUAAGGCUUUUCCAUCUCUUACAACAUGGAUUGAGCUCCUCGCGUGAGAGUUUUGAUUUUAGAAAAACACCGAUAUUGAACGCUAGUUCUGACCUAAAAAAAAAUUAAACUUUAGACGGAGAGGACGUCGAAGAUGAAGAGGACACUGAAAUAGCGGAAGACGAUGUCGGGGAAGAUGAAGACAGCGAUGAAAUGCAAGAAGAAAACGGUUAGUCACUCGGUGGUGUUGCAUUUUUGAAACAAUAUGGAACGAGGUUGCGAUAAUCGACUAGUGUUUUAUUAAAAAAAAAGUAAAACCAAACAAAUAAAAUAUACUCACCGGAAAACUGUGUCGCAAAUUUUCAUAUACAUAUGAGUUGUAGCCAAUCAGAGAACCGAACGAUGUUUUUCACAUGUGAUUCAGCGAGAUUUUUUGUUAAUGUGAUCAAGUAGAUUUUGUUCUCGCAGAAAUUGAGCAACAGAUCGGAAUUUGGAAUAGAAUAGUUUCGGAUUAUUACUGUCACUGAAAAAAAGAAAAAACUUUCUAGAGCCUACAAAACAACAGCAAACGGCGAAUAAAAUAACGCAAAAACCAACAAACAAACAGAUCGAUAACAAACAUUCAAACCCGCCAUUUCAUAUAAUUAGUGUACCUUUUUGUUUCUGUUUAUAUUAUUUUGCGUGAAUACCGUAUGUUCGCUCCUCCCAUGAAGUAUUCUAUAGAAUUAUACGAAAUCUUAUUCCUUUGUGAAAGGUCAAUUUUAAUGGGAAUAAAUCUUCAACGGGCGUCAAUCGUGAUAAGGCCACCCAAAUUUAAAUUUACUUCAAUUAAGUGAACUUUGUACAAGUAUAGUAAAUCGUAAAUUUCCUCAUGAUUAACAUUUUUAAUAAUAAUAGUAAUAAUAAUAAUAAUAAUAAUAAUAAUAAUAAUAAUAACAAUAAUAAAUAUUUACAUGUCUUUAUCUUUACCUGAAGAACGAAGUCUAAAAAGUCUGAAGAAAUAUUGAAGAAAGCUCGAACGAAAUUUGUGUCAGGAAAAUCUUUCUUCACUUUUGUUUAUUUUAACUUUAAGAUAAAGUGUUAACACAUUUUCAUCACCUUGAUAUUGAUUUAUUGAUUUAUAAUUUUUAAAAUCCAUAGAUCUCGAAGAUCCAAUUUGGAAAGGUGAGUGUCAGUCUAGACCGAAAAAUUCUGAAAACAAAAAUAAAAAAAUAAAAUAAACGGCAUUUUAUUUUUGGUUGUUGUUACCUUGAUUCCUUCUUUUCUACCCCAUCCUCUCCCACCCCUCUUUAAAUUUGAGCCUCGUAGACGACCGUAGGAGAUUGGAUUCAGUGCCUAGAAAGAUAUGGAUGUCAUUUCUUCAGAGGUUCCUCUCGAAUUUGGUGAACAAUUUGCGAGGCGUCACUCACCCUUGGUAUCAACUCAUCUCAUUACGUACAGUUUAUAAAUGAUUAUCAUCUUAUAGAGCUCAUAAGUGAAAAAUACCAAAAUCUUGAAAACACGAAGGGGUGUUUCGUGAAAUUAGUUGUACUUGCGAAUACUACAAAACGGUCUACAUUUAUGAAAACUACAAAACAUUCCUGACCACUGAUGCUUUUGUCAGAUUAGUGGUACAUUCACAUUUUAAUGGAAUUUUCGCUUCCAGGUCGUCGUCGUCGUUGUCGCGGUCUCCGAAAAUGUUUUAACAUCAAGAGUUGUCGGCGACGAGUUUGUGUCUGCCUGAGACGCCGCCGUCGCCGCACUAGGCCUUACUAUGACGAGACUGGGUCUGAAAAUGAAGUGAACAACGCAGAAGAUGAAGUUGAAGAGUUUGAGGGCACUGGUGAGACAGUUUUUACAACUAUAAAUUAUUUUAUGACAUUACUUCAUUUUCUUUGUCCUUACUUCAGUUAUCGCUCUUUCAUUUCUUUUAUGUAUAUAUAUUUCCUCUUAUCUAUUUAUUAAUAUCUAUUGGUGACGAAUCAAGUAUGAAAUUACAAAACGGCCAUUGCAACCUUCGUAGGUCUCAGUGCCAAGAUGACGACGAAGUUUUGAAAUUUUAUGAAUGAAUAUGGCAAGGUAUCAAAAGACACUUUGAAAACCUAAACAAACGAAAGAGCACAUCAAGAGGUACUUUGUCGACUCUUAACUACUGAAAGCGUGGAGUUCUCGAUCGAACCAUGACAAACAUAACGCCACGAUAUGAUUUCGAACCUAAUUCGUUACCCAUGAUAUUGAUACAAAUGUAGGUAAUCAAAUGGUAUACUCAUUUUUUACAAAUAUCAUUGAUUUAUUUAAAUUUAAAUUUAUUUUUACAUUUUGGGGCUGCAGAAGAUUUUGAAGACCCAAUAGGUAAAGGACGCAAAGUUUACAAAGGU